UGCACAGUUUGUACAUUUAUACCAAUUUUCCUAAAUGAGUGUGGAUUUUGGCCCUUGAUUUGUGAGAGUGAGCGUCCGUGGCACAGCAGAAGUCUGCUGAGUAGAUCGCUUCCUUCUGCUGAGAGCAACUUGGGGUUAAUGAGGUUACUUCGUUUGAAGAUUAGUGCUGCGAGGCAGUAAAUGCUUAUUUUAGCUUUGCUUUAUUUCCCCCUUCUCUUCCUUUUGGUGUUAAUUUAGGAGAAAAAUGUUGAGACGAUGGAAGGCAAAUAUACUCCCCUUACACUGUCAAAUGGUCGUGACACAUUAAUUCGUCAUAUGUUAAAAAUCUUUAAAUGAUUGUCCUGCGUGAAUAUCAUUACCAAACAUGACAAUUAUAAUGUUUCUCAUAAUACUGAAUUGCCGCUUUUAGUUUUAUUUAACUUGAAUCGAGCAUUUCAUACAUCAGAGUAUACAUGAUUCUGCAUGUUGUUGCAAACAAUGAUAUAAGUAUUGACUGCAGCUCGCGUCAUGGCAGUCUCGGCAUUAUAGAAAAAUUAUUUGUUUGUUAGCCAAAGAGCAUCAGACGGGAAAACAGGAUUGUCAGGCAAUUGUUGCACAACAGCUCAGCAUUUUGGGAGGUAGUGAAGUAGCAUGCGCAGAUGGCGGAAGGUGAAGUGCAUGACUGACACAGCAAGAACAUGUUGCUUAGUCUUCAUAGCCCUCAUUAUGAGGGCAGCAGAAGAAACGAAAAAGAAUGCUGUAGCUGUAGCAGUCACUUGUGGCCUAGUGUUUCUUCUCGUGUACCUAUGGCAAGACCCUUGUGAUGGCAGGAAAAUUCUUGCCAAUCUGUGUGAAGAGUACAAGAAAGGCGAAGUGGCAGGUCGGCUCUGCUAUAAGUUUUGCUAUGAUCAGUCCAUCUAUCUCUCAUACUGCCACGAGGAUGGCCCCAGAAAGAGCUUUAUGUGGGAGAAGAUGAUGAUGCGCGUACCCACCAGUCUUCUCCCAGAUCAUCAUGAAAUGACUCUGCAUGAGGGCAUGUCCUUGACAGAGUUUGAGGGUCUGCUUUUGGACUUCCUUAGAUCACAUCUUGGUCCUCAUGAUUUCAGUGAUUUGAUGUUUCGCAUGAAGCUUUUUGCUGACUUCAAUGAUGAUGAAAAGCUAUCUCUUGGUGAGGUGCAGUCUCUGUGGCGACUGAUUCAUAUCCGUGAGUUCCUAGUUCUGUUUAUCUUCCAAGGAAGUGCAGUCUUCCCAGAGAUCAAUGGAACAUGUGGCAGUCUCUUUGGAUUUAACUUUCCACAGGUAAGUUCGAUCUUCACAAAAGAAGUAUCUCCCAUUUUAAAGUUGGUGUCCAAGAAUGCCUUUCGCUGGUCUUUUCCAUCAUGGGAAGAAAGGGCAAGAGUAGCCGUGGGUGUGCUGGAUCUCAUUUUUGACAUUUAUGAAGAAAACCAUGUUCGGUUCGUUAUGUGUGACCUCCAACCUUCUAUAAUUGGACAUACAGAGAAUUAUGAAGCACAGGUCACAGAUGCAGGAAGAAUUCUUUCCAGUGUGAUGUUGGAGUCGGAGCUAAGCAAUCGAACUUGCUCACAUGAUAAUCAGUGCCAGUAUUCGGAAUCUUGCACUACCAUGUGUGAUACAAAGAAACAGAAAUGUUCAGGGGAGACCAUUAAACCCACCAUUUGGCAGGCAUGUCAGCUCAUAAAAGACUAUCUGUUGUUUGAUGCCCCUGACAAUAUCCAGCCAACUUUAGAAAAGUUGUUGUAUAACUGCAUGCGGCUGGUAAUAUAUGGCCAAUCCAUUGAUAUGAGUCACACAAUUCUUGUUACAGAUUUGAAAACCGUUCUUUGGGACCACAUAAAAACCUUGUGAAAUAAUCUUUGAAGCCUUCUUGGGGCUUUUUAAAUAUGCCAGAUAUGGCUGGUGACUGAAAUGCAAUCAGAUAGUUUUAAUCAAAUUAUCCUCUGGAAAAGUCAUGGAAAUAAAAAGGAAUUCUAUUCACUGGAAAAUUGCUGAAUUUAAGAAUUCUUUAAGGCAUCUUGAACAAAAAAAGGAAUUUGCCUGUAAGGACCUUACUAAAUGUUCAAAAUUUUAAUUUAAAGCAUAAAAAUGGAACAAGUGUUAAGAAAGUUAGCCUGAAGGCAACGUAGAUUCAAAAUUAGCCCACUAAUAUAAACAUUUUUUGUGUUUCAUUAGAAAAUAACCAUCAACUUGAACAAGAUUUCAACCAACUUUUUGUGACUUGUUCUAAUGCCCCACAAACUUAUGCAUCAAUAAACACAGGGCAAAAAGACAGAAAAUGAAAAAUGUUAAAACGAAACUAAUGAUUUGUGCUGAAGUAGGAAAUUUUAAUAUAGAUUAAUAAUUGUGCCUGUUUGUAGUCUGGCAGUAUUUGCUUAUGGUUAUCACAACAUGUAAGCAACGUAGUUUUAUGGUUUUGUGUUUGUAGGAUCAGAGAUGGGGAUGGGAUGUGACUAGAUUAUACAUUGUGUCAGUUGUUCAAAACCAGAUGAAAAAUAAUGGUAAGCUAAUAGGUAAGCUGAUAAUGAUUUUUGAAUAACAUUUUGCAGAUUGUUGAAAAAGAUUAUUGACAUCUGUGACACAAUUUUAACUUUUAAGGCAUAUGUUGAACGUUUAGAAACAUAGUCAUCUGAUGUGCAGUAGAAAGCUGGAAGUUGGUAAGAGAAAAGUCAGGAAAUUUUCUGUGCAGGUAAUAGUUUGGGUGGGUUAUUUGGUUGGAAAGUGAUUCUAUCUAUAGUGAUUUUGUGCUAAGAGAGAGGGAAAGAGAUAAUGAAAGGGAGAAGAAAAAGAACGGUCUGGGAAAACCUCAACAGCCAACUUUGUGAAUUGGUAUUACAUUCAGAGAAAAGUACACACGCUGUAAUAAAAGAUCUGAAUGCAGGAUAUUAUGUUCCUUAGUAGAGUGAUAAAAAGUGAGCAUUCAUGGCUAGAUCAUCAUGAUUUGCUCAAGUGAAACAGAUACUCUAAUUAGCUUCUUUAAUGCUUAUCCCAAGCAUUUAAUAAUGCUAAGGAGGUUAAGAGAUUAUUAACCUGAAUGUGUGGUUGUAUUUACAGACUAUAUUAAUGUUGCAGCAUAUAUCCUGGUGAAUUUUAUUUUAAGCAGAUUGCAAGCUACUCGUACAAAGUAUGUUUUUAUGCUGUUCAGGGAUACUAGAAGUUUUUUAAUUUACUUUGUGAUUAUUUAUGCUUGGAAAAAAAUCUCAUUCGUAAUUGUGUAGAAUGUUUCUUACAGAGCUCAUUUGCUCACAGUUAAUAUCCUGGGAGAAAAAAAGUUUUAACUGCUUAACUUUCUCGAUAUUUUGAACAAGUCUUUUGUUGCAGGAAGUGUUGAAUAGAAUAGCAUUGUAUUAUUCUUUUUAAUAAAAUACCUUUGGAAGGAGUUACAGAAAACCAUUUUAAACACAUAGAACAUCAUGUCUCUGUUAAUUUACAAAAACCUGAAAGGUGAAUGUUUACAUUUUAAAUAUAAAAAUGCUUUUAUAGAUGUAUUAAUAUAACAGCAAGGUCAUCUACCUCUCACAGAAUCAAGUAUGGAUAUGUAAUUUAAGCACAUUUUUAAGUCAGAAUUACAACUGUGAAAUGUAUCAGCAGAAAACAUUAUUCAGCCAUCUGUGAUGUGUUUAUUAUUUAUUAUUUUUAUUAGAGUAAGCAAUCUUCACUGAUAUUUACUAUCAAGCAUCUGCAUACAAGCAGGUUUUGUUGUGAUUUUCACCAACUUUAAAUGUUGAAACCAAAGGUAAGGAUAAAGAUUUUUUCUCAAAGUUGGGAAAAAAGGAAAAGACCAGUACAGCUGUGAGUAUUGUGUACUCCAUUUGUAUCCAUGAUUUGAAUCCUAGAUCUUAUCUUUGCCAGGUGGGAAAAAAUAUUUUUGAAUUGCUCAAAAUGCCUGUUCAGUGUACAGCACAAAUGAUAUUAAAUGUAGUGGAACAUUUGUUUUCAUUUAUUUUGUGAAAGAUUAAUUUUUCUGUCUUUUGCAAUUAAAAUAAUGCUGUUUUUUAAUCUGCCAGGCAUGAUGAGUAAUUAAGUAAAAUAACUAUUUUGACCAAGAAACCAUUUCUAUGCAACAUAUGGGAAUUGAAGUGUGGCAUAGUUUGGAGUUGAACAGUAUUGACAGAUGAAAGUUGGACUGGCGUUGGCAGUUUAAACUAGAGGUGCCACAUUCCUUUUUUUAUCUUGGCAUUAGAUCACAAUGGCAUUCCCAAAACUGUGUUUUAUUUUAGUAUUUUGACUGACCAAAUAGCAUUGCUUUGGUGUGUAGAAGAAUGAAUGCAUGCUAAGAUGAUAAAGGAGCAUUUUUAGAAUAAGGUGAAGAUUACAAAAUGUGAUAUUUCUACUUAACAUCCAGAGAAUCUAGUCAUCCUAUAAAAAAGAGGCAGAUGCUUAUGGGACAUUUAGACAGUAUGGGUCAGUAUUAAACAUGUCAUUGCUGCACCUGAUGUUGAGUGUGAGGAAUUUAUGAGUUGGGUAAGUGACUUUUUUGUUCCUAGAACCACUACAUUCCAAAAAAAACAACCGAUAAUGUCUGCUAAAAGGGACAAAAAUGUCUCUUUUUUCCAAUGUAAUAAAAAUAGUAAACUGAUGUUUAUGGCCAUUCAUAUCUAGUCAAACAAAAGUAUUUAGAUGCAGGGAUGUCCAUAUUAAGAUAUUUUUAUAAUAGUAUGGGAUAGGGCCCAACACACACAUGCACACAACAAACACAGGCUAACAUGCACAAAGGCAAAAGUGCACACACACCCAUAUGUUGGGUGGGACAUGGUAGCUGAUCACUUAGCCACCCAGCAUUAAGAGUGGAAAAGAAAACCAUUUUCACUGGCGGUGAAGUGUGUACAUGUGUGUGUGGGGUCAGUGAGAUGGGGGUAUAUUCUAUAGGAGUGGACAGGAAAACUAUUUUAAUUUCUAUAGAAUUCCUGGGGAGGGUUAGAAGUAGUUAGCUGGGUGGCAGGAAAAAAGGGUCAGUUGUAGAGAGCAAUGUCUCAUCCUACAUGCAGAUAACCAGUAUAUGCUUUACCCUUUCUUGCACUUAUACCCAGACUCAACGAUUUGUGUUGAAUAAGAGUAGGAGACUGUGCAACCACCCUCCAACUUUUUACAUUUUCACAAAGAUAGCCCCCACUUCAUUUUAAGCUUUGUAAUGUUAAUUCAGCAUUUGUAAACAUUUUUCUAGUUAUGAAUUAUUUACUUUUACAUUUAGUCAUUUUGGAGAAGAUUGGUAUUUCUAUUGGCAAGUGGUUUAUUAAGUAUUUUUAUGUAAUUAACCUGUGGUUAUAUCUGGCCAUCAAUGGUAUUAUUAACCAUUUUUGAUUUCAAAUGGUUUCAUUGUGGAAAUUUUUACGUGUUUAAUGUGGAUGUCCAGUAACACAAUUUAUUAAUUGUAUGGACGAAAAUAAGCAUGAAUCUAAAUUUGUAUGUGUGUUUCAAUAAAUAGAUGUCCAUAUUUCUUUCAGUGUGUUAAGGGAAGGAUGCCAUGAAUCAUAUUGAACAGAAUUUGCUUUCAGAAAGAAUCAUGCCCGUAAGAUUAUUUUUGGUGUCCUUUUAAUGUUUCACACAGAAGUAGAAAAAAACAGUCAAUUAAAGUGUUGCCUUUCAGAACUGAAUCUUGCUAUUAGAUGUUCCUUUCACAGUGUAGAUUUGCUUCUGCAGCUGUUUGCUAUCAAUCCAGAAAAUCUGGUUAAAUCUUUCUGUCAUAAAUGUGCAUUCAUGUUUUUUUAAAAUGUGUAACUUUAUUUUUUUCUGGGUUGAUCCGUCAUUCAUGAACAUUUGUGCACUAACACUUUUUUCUUAAUACACAGGUUUAUCUUUAUUUGGAUGUACAGAUAAAUUUUAUUGGUGUUUUGGGGACAUUUAUUGGAAAUAAACUGUGUCCAUGGCCGACUUUUGUGGCUUGUUUUUCAAAAUUUGCUGUUUCUCUGUGAUUUUGAGAACAACAUUUCAUAGAUUCAUUUUUGAAUGAAGAUCACCAAAAUUUGCUUCAUGUGCAAAGAAGAUGGUAGAGAUAAUUGUAAGAGGCAGCUUAAUGAGUAUACACAUACACUCAAAUGCAUGUGUACAUGUAUACAAUCGCACAGAGCAAUUGCUUCAGUGACACAACAAAGAUUCCAUUUUUGAGUUUGUACACAAACAGCCAUUGAGAAAUGUUACAUGCAUUUUUAUUCAUUUUUCAGAUUUUCCACAUGAUUUAUAUACAUGUAAUGUUACAGCAAUACCCAGAACACAGAAAAACUGCAAGUAAGCAAUGAAUUUAUGCAUGUAUAACUGUAAAAAUAUCAGCUGCCAGCGAGUAUUUAAAAAUCUUGCAAGUCAAACAAUGACAUAGUAUCGACACCCAAGAGUUUUUAGCUGACGCUAUUU